AUGGCUAAUGAUAGUGCUGACGAUAUCAACGUUGGCGUAGCCCUCAGCACCGCUCUACUCCUCCCUGGCGACCUUGAUCGAAACGCCAAGUUGAGCGAGUAUGAGAAUUACGCUUUGAUGCUUCAAUGCUCCGCCAUCCAGCAUGCCCAUUCGUUCUCAAUACAAUCUUUUGAGAACCGGGAGAGGCUUGCCGAGAUGAAAAGAGAGGUCUCCAGUCUUCAAAAGGCCAACAAAGGCUUACAAUCAAAAAUGAAGAAGCUGGAAGAUCAGGCCGAGGCUGCUAUCAAAGCCAAGGACGAUGCCAAAGAAAAGGUUGGUGCUGUUGAGGCGAUAAACAAAGUCCUUCAAGCCCAACUUAAAGAGGCUGAGGAAAAAAUGGCCGAGGGCCAAACGAAGCUUCAAGAUGCCCUGGCCACCAAAGAGGCCGAAGUCAAGGCUGCCGAUGAGAAGGGCUACAACGAGGGGGUGGCCAACGUCACGGCGGACUACGAAAAGCAAGACAAGGACGUUGAGGAGGUCCCUAAGGAAGCUACCACUGAGAAGGCACCAGCCGACGUGGUUCUUGCCGAUAAGAGCCUAGACGAAACCCUUCAAGAGAUUGAUGCUGAGCUUGCGGCAGAAAAGGCGGCCGAGGUGUCUUCUCAGCAGUCAUCCGAGGUCCAAAUCCAGCCUGCUGCUGAAGACUCUUAA